AAGGAAAAAGUGAAAGGAAAUGAAGAGCACGUGGAAUGUGUGGCAUGUGGAUUGAAGAAGAUAAAGAAACUUCUCCGCCAUUGACUCACUCUUCUCCUCCAAUCACACAAUGCAAGAGGCUGCAUUGGCCGCCAUGGCCGCCCACACUGUUCUCUCAGCUGCUUCCUCCCCACUCCAGCUUCCUCUCUUUCCUACCAACUCCAUCACCGCCAUCGCCGCCAACACCAAGAAAGCCGUCACCGUCCUCAGGGGCACUUCCCCCGUCGAAGGCAUCGUCACCCUCACUCAACAACUCAAUGGUUCAACAACUGUUAACGUUCGUGUUACUGGCCUUACUCCUGGGCCUCAUGGUUUUCACCUACAUGAGUAUGGUGAUACCACCAAAGGUUGUGUAUCAACUGGACCACAUUUUAAUCCAUAAGAUGAAACAUGGUGCUCCGGGAGAUCAAAUUCGCCAUGCGGGUGACCUGGGAAACAUAGUUGCUAAUGCAGAUGGAGUUGCAGAAGCAACAAUUGUCGACAAUCAGAUACCACUGAUUGGCCCCAAUUCAGUAGUUGGAAGAGCCUUGGUGGUUCAUGAGCUUGAGGAUGACCUUGGAAAAGGUGGGAAGGAACUCAGCUUGAGCACUGGAAAUGCUGGUGGAAGAUUGGCAUGUGGGGUUGUUGGUCUGACUCCAGAGUGAAUGCAACUCUAUGUUAGCCUAUCAGUUAUUAGCGUUGUUGAAUUAUCCAUGUAAACUAUGAAACAUGAAUGCAUGAUGUCCUUCCAAAACAAGAAUCCAAGAGACUCCGCAUACUAUAUUAUGUAGCUCUUUUUAUUAGCCUGCUUGAAA